AAUAAGUUUUAACAAUGAAACUCGCAGUUAUGAGAAAAUAAUUACAGUAUUGUUUUAUCGCAAAGCUUUUGUUAAAUCACUCCCGACAUAACUCUCGCUAAGAUCAUUAAAGUAAUUAUGAUAAACAAAAGAUUAAAAAGCUUCUGACUUGCAGGAAAAGGUUUGUAUAGCGUGUACGCGGAAGGUUACAUUCAGACUGUACUGUAUAUACUUGCAUUUUAUGUCUCCAUGUAAGUUGUUCACCAAACUGAUAACUGCCCAGUUUUUUUGUUAAAUUUAUGCAUCUUUUUCAACUGUUUAAAGAUAAAAAUGGGAAAAUCACAAAAAAAGAAACAGAAAUCUGCAGAUUUUCAAAAAGUUAAAUUCAAAGUUGGUAAAAGGAAGCCAGUUGGUACAAAUGUGACAGACACUUCCUUCAAAACGUCAUCAAUAAACAUUGCUUCCCAGUUGAAAAAAAGUGAGGAACCUACAAACAAACGGAAUCUUUCUUUGAAGGAUUUGUUGGUGCAGUUAAAUCAUUAUAACACCACAGUACGCCACAAUGCUUUACUUGGUUUACAAGAUUUAUUUCGUACCCAUUCAGAUGUUAUGCAUAAUCAGUUAAGUGUGUGGAUUACAAAGGUUUUGGGCAAAAUUACUGAUACAGAUUCUGCCAUUCGCCACGCAUUACAUACAUGCUUAGUAUUUGCGUUUAAUAAUCUCAAAGAUCACGAAGUCUCCCGGUUUUUAAAGAUCAUUAUUGCUCAUGUCUGCUGUGGCAUGACACAUAUCAACACUGGCAUACAGAUUGACUCCCUAAAUAUUUUAGAUUUAAUUCUGGAUCAUUUUCCUGUUGAAUUUGUGCCCUACAGUAAUAAAGUAUUGAGUAACUUCAUGGAUUUGAUUUCAAAACAGAGCUCAAAAGAAACAAAGGCAACACAAACAUUAAAAGGUUCUAAAGUUAAAGGUAUACCAAGCAUUGUAAAUCGAGAAUUGUCUAUAGAUGUUCAAGGACAGAUGUCAUCAUUAAAAGCACGUAGUAAAAUAUUGGAGAAGCUUCACAAAAUACUUAGAGUUUUGUGGACAAAUCAAUUUCAUGAAAAAGUGCAACAGACUAAUUUCGAUGCACUUCAAAAGGACAUCACCAUCAGUGAGGAAAAGGCAACGUAUGUUCGUCUUUACAAAUAUGCCAUAACACCCCCUCCAACAUGUGAGGCUGACUUAGAAUCUUGGGUGGAAUUUGAUAUUGAUAACGAGUCAACGAUGGGCUAUAGCUUAACUGAAUUUAGAAAUUUUAUUCAAAAUGUGUUCCCUAUACUUUUAAAUUGUUGGGUUGAAUAUGAACCUGGUCAGCUUUCUUCUGGUCUUGCUGAUUCAAACUCACUCAGGUCAUCGCUUCCUGGAAUGAAAGCUGUUAUAGACAUUAUAGAUAUCUUAAUGCAAUUGUUACGUCAGAACACAAACGAGGCAGAUGUUUUCUUGAUACACCAAGGCUUUUUCAAAGACUUUUCGUCUCACUUUCUGCAUUACUUUGCAUUACCAUUACAUUUCGCUACAACAAAAUCAACAUUGAAGAGUAUAAAGCAAGCUAAGCCUGAUAUGCUUCAGCAAUUUGCAAUUGACUUUAAUUUUGUUAUGGCUAGAAUUUUAUGCAUUAUUAUCAUUCAGACAGAUAACAACUCAGAAAUUAACACGAAGUAUGAGUCAAAAUUAAAUAUCCGCUAUAUCAAGCAAUUAGUCACUUUUGUUACAGAUAUUCUUGAUUCAAAUAUUUUGCUGUCCGUUGAAAAAAUUGAAGAGUUAAUUAAUAUCACCAAAAAUUUAUUUGACAUGAAGAGCAGUUACAUCAAAGGAGAAUUGAUCAACUGUUCUCUCAUACUGAAGAAGAUUUUAAAGUUGUAUAAAAAAGCAUCUGUGUCUUCACCAUGGAAAAUUCCACUUGUCCGCUUUUUAAAUCACUUGCUGUCUUCACCACAAACAUUUUUAAAUAGCAUUUCAUGUCUGAAACAGUGUCGUGAAUUUACGGAGGUGAUCCUAAGUGACAUCUGGUGCUUACCUGCCACUUCAAGAGAGUUAAUAAAUGAAUCUGUUGCAUUCAUGAAAAUGGUUAUGGUGAAACGGAUUGCGAGCAAUGAAGCCACUGUUAUAUUAAGUAAUAGUAUUGUAAAUAUAACAGAUUUAACCACUGGCUGGUUUGUGGAUGUGUCACUCACAACACAAAAAUUGAUUGUCGAAACAGUGUACAGUUUUCCAGAACUGCCACGCAAACUUUUGAACAACUUUGUUUAUUUGUGUCACAGCUACAAAGUUGACAUGGAGACACGAAAAUAUAUUAUUUCUAUUAUUGUUUGUUGUGGUAAAAAGAAUAUCCCAUCCAUCAAAGGAGAAACCUUAAUCAGUUUUUUGCUGAGUGUUAUCAUAGGCUAUUCAACUGAAGAGUUGCAAAGGUUUAACGCAGCCAAUCCCAACGCUAUUAGUUGGAGCAUAUUGAAUGUUAUUCCAAGAGAUAUGAGAGACAUUCCAGUAGAUUUUGCUAUAAGCCAAUUUGAGCAAUUUGAAGGGUAUCAACAGUUAUGGCCGAUCUUGGUGCCAGCCAUUGGAAGGCUAUUAAUGAAAGUAAGAUGCUUACCAACCACCGCUGCAGUUGGUCUCGUCAAACUUCUAGAAAAAUCAGCAAAAUGGUGGAAAUCUGAGGAUAAAGAUACAUCUGAAAUCAACCAAGUAGCAGAUUUGAUAUCUUCAUUCCUACUCUAUUCAGUAUCUGCUACGUAUAAGUCAGUUGCGCCAGAUCAAGAACUGUUCAGUCCGUCUAAUCAAAACAUGUUAAACAUGGAAGAGGAAGUUACCAUGUGCUGUAUCAACUUACUCACCACCAAUGAUGAACUGCUCAGAUUGCUAUUGAAGAAAUGGAUUCAUACCUUAGGAGAGUACAAGAUGAACACAUGCUGUGUGAAUUCUAUUAUUGAAGUUCUUGUUGCAUUGCUUCAAGAUGUGAACAUGCAGUUUGUAUUGAUCGACAUGAAGCCCAAUCUUUACUCAAUUGUGGAUUCUUUCUCUAAAAUGAACACAAUCAUUCCUGAGCAAGCUUCGCUUCUUCACCAGCUGAAAAUACACCUGUCUUUGUUAUGAAAAUACAAAUCAUAGACAGCGCCAGGUUUUUUAGUCAUGUUACGAAAAUGAUAAACUGCAAAUUACUCGUCAAUAAUUUUAAACUGACAGGCUGCGAAAACUUUACCUUGGCAGAUGGUAAGUCCAGGUAAAUUACCAGACCCACUGUGGACGAACGAGUGCGCUCUUCGAUCGGAAAAAACUCACUCUUAUUUUUACCUAUUAUUAAGGGAAUAUGAUCUAUAGUGUUCGGUAGUUUUGUUAUUUUUUGUUGUUGUUUUGUAUAACGUAUUUUUGUAAUAUUUUCUUGUUAAGUGUAUAAAAGCGUCA